AUCAUGUUGUCGCAGUUUCUGCUGUCCAAGUAUGAGAUGCAAGAGCGCAUUACCAAGGGAAAAAUGAUGAAGAUCAUCAACAAAAGGUACAAGGAGCACUUCCCUGAGAUCCUGAGGAGAGCCUCUGAGUACAUAGAGCUGGUCUUUGGCCUUGACGUGAAGGAAGUGGAUUCCAAAGGUCAAUCCUAUACCCUUGUCAGCAAGUUGGAGAUCACCGAGGAAGAGAAUCUGAGUGGUGGCAGGGGGUUUCCCAAGACUGGGCUCCUGAUGCCUCUCCUGGCCAUGAUCUCCAUGAAUGGCAACCGGGCCACUGAGGAGGAGAUGUGGGAAUUCCUGAAUGUGUUUGGGAUGUACGAUGGGAAGACGCACUUCAUCUUUGGGGAGCCCCGGAAGCUCCUUACCAAAGAUUUGGUGCAGGCAAAGUACCUGGAGUACAGGCAGGUGCCCAACAGUGAUCCUCCAUGCUACGAAUUCCUGUGGGGUCCCAGAGCCCAAGCUGAAGCCAGCAAGACAAAAGUCCUGGAGUUUUCGGACAAGGUCCAGGAUACCAACUCCGGUGCCUUCCAAGCUCUGUAUAAAGAAGCUUGGGGAGAUGAGGAAGAGACAGCCACAGGAGGAGAAUGGGCUGGGGCUUGUCCUGAGGCCAGGGCCGGGUCUAGUGACAGGGAGAGUGCAGCUGGUCCUCCCAUCCUUAGUGAAGUCUGAUGCAGAUUUUUCACUUUCUAGUUGCAAAUGGCUGUUAACCUUCUAAAUAGUGCAGGCAACAUGGGGCUGGAGGGGGCACAUGUAUGUCUUCUUGUAUUCCUGUUAUAGUUGAGUGACUUGUAGAUUUAGCUUGUUUUUUUUUGUAUUUUUCAAAUGUUCCUUUUAAUUGAAGAUUUAUUAAGAUUCAGAAUCUAAAUUCACCUCAUGCAUUUAUAGUUGUCUUUCAGAUUUAGGAGGAAGAGUUUUGUGUUGGGUAAAACAAAUUGAAAAUCUUUGAAUCUUUUCUUAUGAAUCCAGAACUAGUUAACAUGGUAUCGGAAUAGGGAUGUUCUUGGAAAUAUUAAAGAUAUCCACAAGAGUUAGUUGGGAUCACAAGGUAGAGGCAGAAGACCAUAAAAGUUAGUCAAUUCUUGGUUUCCCUUAUUCCAUUUGGUAAAAGUAGAACAUUCACGUGCUUGGAUUUGUUUAGCUUAUUUAAGGAUGUGGGAGAAAAUAAAUUGUGAUGAUUUGACCUCUUGUUCCCUGCCUCUUAUUUUCCCCAAACAGUAAUUGAGCGUCUGCCCUUUGGAAGGCUUCAUGCUAGUAAUGGGGCCCUUUAAGCAAAGGUGUGGCAGCAUGUGUUUAGAUUUUAGAG